AUGGCCAGGUCGCAAACGGCCAACUCGUCCUACCCCCAACCGUCAACGUCCAGUAGCCAUCGCACCUCGUCGGCUUCCUCGGUAUCGGGCGACGCCGACAAGGCACCACAGCGCGACCGGAUCGAGACGGAGGAAGGGUGUACAUUCUGCGAGAUCAGGGAUGGGGUGCAGCGGGCUGCCAAGGUCGGUCAUGCCUCCUCCGAAACGGCCGGUCUCCGCGCGAGCACGAUCAACUGACCCCUCGGCGACGGCUGUAGGUCUAUGAGGAUGAGCACGUCAUGGCCUUCCUGGGUAGGUGCUGCGAGCUCACUGGCUGGUAAAUUGCAAAGCUGACUGUACUCGUUCUCGUGCCCCGCUCAGACAUCCUCCCCAUCAGAGAAGGUGCGAGGCGAGAUCACGUCACCGACUCACCGUCCGGGGCCAAUUAUAUUGCCUCGCCGCCCCGUGACCGCCACACACUGACACGGGCCACAUAUCGUUAUUCGCCACCCCCAGGUCAUCUUCUCGUAGUUCCCAAAGCGCACUACGCACGCGUGUCAGUGACCCCUCCCUCGGCGCCCGCAACCCAACGACGACUGACCUUUUUCCUCCUUUGCCUGUCCGAAAACCCAGUUCCCAACUCCCCUCCCUCCUCUCCUCCCACCUCGGAUCCGUACUCCCGCUCCUCUCGCGAUCCCUCGCCAAGGCGCUCAAGAACCCCGAUUUCAACAUCGUCUCCAACACCGGCUACGCGCAAAUAGUCCAUCAUGUCCAUUUCCAUAUCGUCCCUGCGCCGAAUCUGAAUUCUAGCUCCAAUACGAGCACGUCGACGAAUCCGAAUCGGAGUGGGUGGGCUAGUUUGGUCGGGAGGGAGGAACUGGAUGAAUCCGAAGGGGAGGAGCUGGCGAGGAGGAUUAGGGAGUGCGUGCAUGAGCAGUUGGCGAGGGAGAAGGAGGCGAGGGGGAAGGGGAAGGGGAGCUCAAAAUUGUGA